UUGAGCAGCCAAUGAGCUUGUGAACCCCAGGGGGGAUUUAAGUACCCCAAGAACAGGCCUGCCUCGAGUUCUGCUGGACAGAUUAUUUUCUGUGUUUAAAUGGAUUGGAUCUGACCGAGGGUGACUGGCAUGGGAGUAGGGUUUGGGAAGGGCAAUGAGUGAUACCGUGUGCCCCUUCCGGACACGACAUGCCACUUGCCGGCGAAGACCUCUACUGCCGCAAAUUCCAGCCCAAUAUCUUCGACCCGUCGCGUUGCCAGACCUGCUUGAGGCUCAGGCACCUGCAUGCCAACGUGCCUCCGCGGGACGAUUCAGAUGACCUGUCAGUGGUGAGCAGCUACUGUGACAUCAGCAGGGAUCACCUGGGCUGCGAGGGGGGUUCCCUGUGCAUACUGAGUCCUGACUGUGAACUUUACAUCUGUGACGAGGACGACAGCACAGACAGCACUGAAGAUCCAUCUGACUUUCCUGAACUCAGUGAUUCGCUCAGCCAAGACGACGACGAAUUGACCCACCAGGACGGAGCAUCUUACCCCAACAUGACUCGUCUGCACCCAGCUCCCCACAGACCCAACCCCCAAGCUUGGAUGGAAGAGGCACGGAGCAGAGAUGGCUUUUCUAGACAAACAGGAGCAAAAGGACAAAAAGACCAUGACAGUGGCUACCUUUCUCUGGGAAGGGCUGGAGGUAUCCAUUCCCUUAAGGAGAAGAAGCCACCAGCACCAUAUCGGCACUUAGAAACAGGCCACCCCCUACCCAGCCACCGGAGUCCAGAACCCAAAGCUGCUAUCCCCUUUCGGAACCCAGACCUCGGUGUACCCUCUCAGAGGCGGAGCUCGGAGACACAGGGAUAUGAUCCAUCUCUGGAAAAUUCCCCACCUUCGGGGUUCUCAGAAUCCAGCUACGGAUGGAAUUUUGACUCAGGACAGAGAAGCCUAAGCCCCACCCCUUUUAAACAGGCAGAAUCUCUGGAGUCAUCCCAGCAUAGACGCUGUGACAGCUCUUACUCUAGAGGACAGCAGUCGUCUUACUCUCCAACCCAUCAGCAACCCGGAAAUUUGCAAAGGCAGGGCUGUACGUUUUCUCGAUCAUCUUCUCCAUCCCGGAGUGCCUCUCCAUUCAGACAAGCUGACCAGUCAGGCAUGUCCAGCAGAAGGAAUUUUGACUUUCCUCAAGGGUCCAGUCAAGGGCCUCGAACACCAUCCCAAAAUUCUUAUGGACGAGGUUUGGAUAUUGCUAAUGUCAAACAGUCGCGACUCUUCGCCAUCAAAACGAGGGUACGAUACUCCAAGCCAAACUCUCCUCCGAAAAACCGACACAAAAACCACUCCUAA